AAGACAUCACUAUUUCGUUUCGUGGCAUUUCGUUGCAGGCGUCUAAUAUUUUGUGUGCACUGGUAGACCAUCAGCUUCCUUUCUAACUAUCUUAAUUCGAGUUCUUUUUUUCGAAGGUUCUGCACUAUCAUCUCGUCUCUGCCGGUGUUUUUCAGUACGAAUGCAUAGACGAGGCUCUAUUAUAACCUAUUAAUCCAUCCCCAAACGAAGCUACCGACGACGAUCGCGCGAGCUCCCGAAGAGCCACUCACACGCCCACAUACCAGACACUGGCAUACGCAAGCUCGCCCACCUUUGCACGUUUGGUCGGGAUUGCGGCACUGAUCCAUUCCAGAGGGGGCCACCCAGGGGAAGUGGGAAACCAGGUAAGGGAUACAGACACGGGGCUGCAGGGGAAUGGCAGCAGCCCGGGCUAGCCAAGCACCAGCAGCAUGGCUCCGCCUUACAGCAACGGCAAUGGCUACGCCUACAAGGGGUCCAAGAAGCCUGCAUCCGCGUCUGCAUCUCUCCCGUUCCAACAUUACUACAAUGACGACAGCUUCCGCGCCCGUUUGAGACCGUUGCUCGCGGCCCUACAACGACUACUGAGAACACUUUGGGCCUUUUGGCAAACCCGCGGCCGACGAUUGGCGACCGGCAUCAUGUGGCAGGCUGGUAGGCGGUUGAGACAGAACCUCACUGCGCGCCGCCUCCUGAGCUUCCCGCACCUGCUGGUGUGUCUCUGGGGCAUCGUGCUCCUUUGGGGCGAGGGCUGGGUCUUUAAGAGCCGAGUCGCAGAAUGCAAAUGGAGCAACUGGGAGAACUGGCCGGCCGGAUCGAGCCCACACCACCUCGUCUUCGUCGCUGACCCCCAAAUCACCGAUCCGAAAUCCUACCCCGGCCGUCCGUGGCCUUUGGAAGACCUGACGGUCCUCAUCACCGAUAACUACAUCCGCAGAGGCUAUAGGCAGCUCCAAUCGCAGCUGCGACCUGACUCCCUCUUCUUCUUGGGCGACCUCUUCGACGGUGGGCGAGAGUGGAAGACUGCGCACAGCGACUUCAAGGACCCUCAAUGGGCUGUCAACCGACGACCGAAGAACGAGAAAGACCACGUUAAGGGAUGGAACGAUAAUUAUGGCCAGAAUUACUGGUUGAGGGAAUACGAGCGCUUUGGCGACAUCUUUUUUGGAAGCUGGGGGCUAGGCGGCUCCAAGGCCGGCGACUGGCAAAGGGGGCGCAAGUUGGUGGCGAGCUUGCCAGGGAAUCACGAUCUUGGCUUCGGAGACCAGGUGAAGGGCUCUGUGAGAGAUCGCUUCAACACGUACUUUGGGGACGUGAACCGUGUCGAUGUCAUUGGCAACCACUCCAUCGUCUCUGUCGAUAGCUUGUCACUGAGCGCCGUUUCGUCGAAGCAAGCCGAGGUCGAUUUGAAGGCGAUCCAUACACCUGCGGACGUAUUCCUGAAGGACGUCAAGUUUACCAAGAGAAAGGCCGUGGAGCGAGAGUUGCGCUUCUGGAGGGGCGAAGUGGAAGUGGAACCCCUGGAUCAUAUCGUGGAGGAGCUGGAAACAGCAGACGCCAAGGUGCCGACUAUUGCACCGGGUGAAGAAGGUCCCGAUUUUCCUACGAUUCUUCUCACUCACGUUCCUCUAUACCGAGACCCGGGUACGCCUUGCGGACCGCUGCGAGAGCACUGGCCUCCUACGAAACCGCCAAAGGGGGAGCAAGUGCCUAUGAUGGACCACCGAAAUGCAAUCUCCGUCUCGGGCGGUUACCAGUACCAGAACGUGCUGAACGAAGACGAGUCUGUCAAGCUCGUGAAGAGCGUUGGCAACAUCGUUGGAGUGUUCUCCGGCGAUGACCACGACUACUGCGAAGUCGUCCACUCCGCAGAAAAGGACAACGUUCGCGAAAUCACCGUCAAGAGUAUGAGUAUGGCCAUGGGAGUGCCUACACCUGGCUUCCUCAUGGUCAGUUUGUACAACCCGAUUGACGCCAACGGCAACCCCCUUCCUGGCGCACCCAAAAAGACGUUGCAAACACAUCUUUGCCUGCUUCCGAACCAGCUGGCGACAUACGCGAAGUAUGCAGGGCUGGCCUUUGUCACCAUCGUCGCGAUUAGCAUAAGAUCGUUCCUCGUGCCGGUCCUGAACUUGACACCUUUUGCUCUUCAUGACGAACAGCCGCAGGGCGCCAUAUUGCCGACCAUCAAGGACAAGGUCGAAGAUGAUGGUACUUACAGCAUGCACUCGACAUCAGCCUCUUCCGGAUCUCGAUUCCUUACCGGCCAGUCAUCCCGGACUAGGAGCGGAUCCAUCCGCUCUAAUGGGGCUACUCCAGCGCCGCCGCCGAGGACCAAGUUGAAGAAGCAAUGGGGAGCACCACACCGUGCGCCGCGGAUCGAAAUUUUCGCAGACGAAUAUGGAACUGGCAUGCCGCGUUUGACGUGGAAAGCGGCGUCUCAGCGGUCGAGGACGACAAUUGGGCGUGUCGCUCGCGAGAUCGGUGCCUCGACAUGGAGGGUUGUGUGGAUGGUGGUCUUGUUUUGGGCCUAUCUUGCAUAUAAGGGGUAGAAGGGCUGCGGUCUGCUCCGCCUCUUAAGCGUGUACAAUGAUCGGAACUUGGGACGGCAUUCAAAAAGAAGGGAUCCCCAUCAGAAUUCAGCGGGUUUGCAUUGGUUUGGCUGUUUGACUGGAGGAUGCUGGAGAGUUCUUUGGGUUACAUAAAAGAAAGGUCUGUCGUCUUUGUUCAUUUGUGUAUCAUAGCCCGAGACGACGGG